GAGGCUGUGGGUGCCCGCCCGCCCGCCGGCCCCGGCCUGCCCGCCCGGCGCCCCCCGCCCGCAGGAUGUUCAAGAAAUUUGAUGAAAAGGACAAUGUAUCAAACUGUAUCCAGCUGAAGACUUCAGUUAUUAAAGGUAUCAAGAAUCAACUGAUAGACCAAUUUCCUGUUAUUGAACCAUGGCUAAACCAAAUUAUGCCAAAGAAAGAUCCAGUCAAAAUCGUAAGAUGUCAUGAACAUAUAGAAAUCCUCACUGUGAAUGGGGAGCUGCUGUUCUUCAGGCAAAGAGAAGGGAUUUUUUACCCGACACUAAGGUUGCUUCACAAAUACCCAUUUAUUCUCCCGCAUCAGCAGGUUGAUAAAGGCGCCAUUAAAUUUGUCCUGAGUGGAGCUAACAUAAUGUGCCCUGGCCUGACGUCUCCUGGAGCAAAGCUUUACCCUGCUGCUGUUGACACUGUUGUUGCAAUAAUGGCAGAGGGAAAACAACAUGCAUUAUGUGUGGGAGUAAUGAAGAUGUCAGCUGAGGACAUUGAGAAGGUCAACAAAGGGAUUGGUAUUGAAAAUAUCCACUAUUUAAAUGAUGGCCUUUGGCAUAUGAAGACAUACAAGUGAAACAAGAACUAUUACGCCAAAGGAAUGCAUUUAGAUUAAAUGUGGACUGCUUUGUAAUUCCUUGUUUUUAAUGUGACUGAAUGUACAAAUUAUUUUGUUCUGUGGCUAUGCUAAAUAAAUCGAAUGCAAAAGUACUGUUAGGCUACAAUAAUUUUCUAGAUUUCUUUUUAUUAGUUAUUUUGUUUUGUGUUAAACCUGAAUCUUCAGUGACUGAAGAUAUUUGAUGAAAGAUUCUGCAUGGACUGCGAGUAGACUGUUUCAAAUGGAAAGGAGGAAAAAGCCAAGAAAUGUUUACAUUUUUGUGCUCUUCUAAAAGUAAUAUAAAGUGUGUGUGAAAUAUAAAUAUGGUUUAUAAAACCUCUGAAGCAUUUCAGAAUUUUUCUUCUGAUUGACAUCUUGUUAGUCUAUCUAGUUUCUUAAAUGUGGAGAAAUCAGGUUUUCUUAUUGUAAUAAGUUAGUUGAGAUUCCAUUAUCUUCAUGCAGGAAAAGCCAAUUCUUUAUUAUCACAAUUCAUUUUAUACAGUUUUUACAGACCUUAUGUGCAACUUUAAUUGGUUAAUAGCUUUCUUGCCAAUUACUCUAUUGGUUAGUAAAGGGUAUUCGACUUGUCCAUCAAAUAUUUCUAUUCUUGGAUUGUUUACAUAUUUUCUUUACUGAUUCUCAUGGGGCAAAUCCCUUGUUAUUGCAGGUGCAUUUGUUUUUCAACCCAGGAAUAGGUUGUUAUGUUAAUUGUUGCAGUCUGUUCAAGUUGUAGUGUUACAGGGACUGUUCUGUACCCCCUUUGCCUAAGUUUGUGGUUUUGUCCCAAAAGUUGUUUGCUCCCCGGACCUGUCAGUUAUGCAAACCCCAACCCUUUUUCCUGAAUGUUCUAAGUCAGUCUUUUUACUGGACUAAUCUCUGUCAGAACGUUCCCCUAAUCCCCGGUGUUCCAUUUGUCUGUAUAAUUUGUUUUCCUUACACUGGUUUCCUAUUAGUUCCUAAAGUCCAUGUUUACCCCCCUUACCCUCCCUCUAUUGGUCAGAAGCUGUUACUUGCCCCUUGAAUCCUCCCGAUUUAUAACCUGCUGUGUCCGAUGCUUGAGGUCAGUCACUGGCUGUUCAGAAGAAUAAACCCUUCUGGAUCACACACA